GCUUCGCCCGCGCCUCCCUCCGGCCGCGCUCCCUCCCAGCUCGGGCGCCGCGCGGGCAGAGAGCAAGGAUGUGCAGCGAUAUGAUCGAGAUGCUGCCGGUGGAUUUGGAUGGAAAAGGCAAUCUCUAUUUCCAAGAACAAGUGUUAGAAACAGACAGCUGGAGAACAUCAGGAAAAUGUGAAUCUGCCCAAAUCUUCCGAAUUCCUAAUAACCAUGUCCUCAUCGCACAGCCGGCUGACAAAGAUUUCCCUGCAGUAUUUGAACGCAGAACAGACCAGGAAAUUCGGAAAGUAUCAGGUAUCAAAUUUGACAUCCACAGUUACCAAGACACCAAGCCAAAGGGGCUGUCAGUGGUCUUCACUGUGGAAUUUAACCAUCAGACUUACCUCAUGUGUGUGGAGAAAAAAGAAAACAAAAUGAGGGUGAAUUUUAAGGCAGGUACAAUUCCCCACCACAUCGAAGGAGACACCAGCAACAUCAUCUUCAUCAAAACCCGGUUUUCGGCUGGUAGCAGGCAAUUUUACAAGUUUGAAUCUGCUUUGGAAAGUGGCUAUUUCCUGGCCUUUGAGGAUGCUGAAGAUAGCUCUACGACCGUACUGGUAGUCAAGAAAGUAGAACUGGCGGACGAAGUGGAUGAAUCCACAAAGCUAUUCCACGCUCCACUUCUCUGACAAGGAAACCCAAGUAAAAAAAUAAAUGAGAUUGCAAGUGGUAGAAAAAGUGCAGAUUUUAAAUGGUUGAUGUAGCUUUACUAGAAUUGCUAGAAAGUAUAUUAUAAAAUUUCUGACACACUCCCCUCGCUUGAUAUUUGAAAACUGAUCAGUGGAAGUGUCUAAUUAAGAGUAUCUAAAAUUUGGUGGGGUAAAUAAUUGCACUAAGAAAAGCCACACAGCUUUGUAAGAAAUUCUAAUCUCAACCAAUUACCAAUAAAUAUAAAAACUAGACAAUAGCCACACAGAAAAUGCUAGAUAAAACUAAUCGAAUGUCAACAUUUUAAACCUUACCUAGGCGUAGUCUAAGGCAUAUUUUAAAAAUUG